AUGGCUCCCUCCCGGCAUCCAUGGGCAACCUCUCUCAUCUCACACGCUUCUCCCUCACAGAUAUCAACCUUAAUGGCUCCUUGCCAGCUGCUCUCUUCACCAUUCCCACUCUCGAGCACCUGUGAGUCGCUUGUGUGCUGCCCGCACCUGGUAUGUGCUGCCCGCACCUGGUGUGUGCUGCCCGCACCUGGUGUGUGCUGCCCGCACCUGGUGUGUGCUGCCCGCACCUGGUGUGUGCUGCCCGCACCUGGUGUGUGCUGCCCGCACCUGGUGUGUGCUGCCCGCACCUGGUGUGUGCUGCCCGCACCUGGUGUGUGCUGCCCGCACCUGGUGUGUGCUGCCCGCACCUGGUGUGUGCUGCCCGCACCUGGCAGCAUCCCUAGCGAAGUGGGCCUCGCAACAGGCCUCCACACCCUGGAUUUAAGCGACAACUGGCUUACAGGCUCCCUCCCGGCUUCCCUGGGGAACCUUUCGUCUCUCCUGCACUUGAAUCUCGAGAGAAAUGGGUUUUCAGGCCCCAUCCCAGAGGCUAUCGGCAACCUAAAACACCUGCAGAAGUUGAACCUUGGCAGGCAAAAGCUUUCAGGGCCCAUCCCCGAGUCAAUUGGAGCGCUCACCAACUUGCAAGAAAU